AUGGCUUUCGAAGCGGAGGUCUCCAGGCUGGCUGCUCGUAGCAGCCAGCUCGCCGGCGCGGGUGAGGAUGGCGGUGGGGGCACUGCACGCAGCCGCGCCGCCCGGGCUGCCGCAGAUGCCAUGGUCUACCUCUUCGUUUGCACCAUUUGCGUGCUCUCCGCCGCAACAUUCCCCUGUGCCGUCGCAUUCCGGGCCUGCGGCGGGAACUGCAGCGUGGCCGCCGCGAUCUUGUUUUACUCUGGUAUGCUCUCGCUGCUACUCAGGGUGCCAGCGAUGAUGCUUUUCUUCCUGCGCGCCGCCGGUAGCGAGGUCAAGGAUGAUGCUGUGGAGGAUCGCUUCCGUGGGUGGCCGCUACACCGGACGGCUGUACCGAUCUGGAGGUUCUUCGUCGUGGCGAUGUCGGUGGAAUUCAUCGGGCUCGUUCUUCAGACGUGUGGAUUUGAGGAGGUUUCUUACCUUCUCCGUGCCGCGGCUCUGUUGUGCAAGCUCCUAGUCAUCGUCCUCUUCUGCAACCGUGCUGCUGUGGCGCUGUGGAGGAUGAAUCCUCGACAGCCGGCUGCAGUUGCUGCUGUUGUGUACUGGGUGUGUGCGGAGUAG